UUGCUUAUGCUAUGAUAAGCUCAUGAGUCAUCAGUCAUGGCUCAAGAGCAAUACUGAGGUGAUUAUUAAUUAUAAGAGUAAACAAUAAUAUGGCCUUUUUAUUUCCAUAUUAAAUGCAAGUCGUAACUACCGCUUUCGAAAUAAUAAAAUUAACAGUCGAUCUAGAGUAUACCAGAGAUGAAAUAUUUUAACGUUUGUUGUGUAAGUUAAUAAUUGCUUUUAUAUAAAUUCUGUUAUCCACCUACAAGAUGGGUAUAUUUGGCAAAUCCACCACCGUCGAUCCUAAAGAUCAAGUUAAACAAUGGACGUCGACUGUACGCAAAGAAGGAUACAAGUUGGACAGACAGAUAAGAGGUAUUCAAAGAGAAGAAGAAAAGAUAAAACGUUCUCUGAAGGAAGCUGCUAAAAAAGGCAACAAAGAUGUAUGCGUAAUCCUUGCUAAAGAAGUAUUAAGAUCUCGUAAAACCAUUAACAAAAUAAUUGCAUCCAAAACUCAUCUGAAUUCUAUACAAAUGCAAAUGGAAAACCAAUUAUCUGUUUUAAGGAUGGCUGGAUCGAUACAAAAAUCAACAGAAGUAAUGCAAACAAUGCAUAGUUUGAUUAAAGUACCCGAAGUUGCAGCUACCAUGAGAGAAUUGUCUAAAGAAAUGACGAAGGCUGGAAUAAUUGAAGAAAUGUUAGACGACACUAUGGAAAGUGUAAUGGACGAUCCCGAAGAUAUGGAGGAAGAAGCACAAUCAGAAAUUGAUAAGGUAUUAUGGGAAAUUACGGCCGGAGCAUUAGGGGAGGCACCGAUGGCUGUCACGGAAACACCUGGUGGAUCAGUUCAACCACAGAAGACAACAAUAGAAUCAGUCGAUGAAGAUGAUGAUGACUUGGAAGAUAUGAAAAAUCGCUUAGAAGCGUUAAAAAGUUAAACGUAAUUUUAACAAAUAUACCUGGACAGUAUUUCUAAUAAACAAAAAAAUGUCGUUGACUACUGUGAACUAACUGUAAACCAAUAUUAUAUUAAAAACGAAUAUUUAUUUUAAUAGAAAAAUUAAUAGCAUCUACACGUUUCUUUGUUUAUUAUACAAAGAUUUUAAAUUUUUAAACGUAUAUUGCUUUAGACUAAAGUUUAGAUUACUUUACUAAUUCUUCUGGUAUUAGUUAUUCUACUAUAUUAUUUGGAAAGCUUUUCUCUAGUUGGUUUCUUUUUUCUUUUAAAUUUAGGGGGGGAAAUUAACGAGUGAAAUUAUGUGUUUAAAUAGCUAAAAUACUAAGUAUGCAAUCUAUUGUUAAGUUUUUCAAAUAUUUAUAUUUUAAAUAUCUCUACUAAUAAAACGCGUUUUAAUUAAAAUUUUAAAGAUGUUUGCUUGGAAAUAUAAAUAGUUUCCCGCUAAAUAUAUAAUAGCUUAUUGAUAUUGUAAUAAGUAAUUUAAUAACUAAAAUAUGAUAAAAUGUAUUUACUUCAAAACUAAAUUUAUAUAUCGCUUUUUACCACUGUCUUUAAUCUAGUUGUAAAAAUAUUGUUUUUAUUAUUUAUUUAUUUUGUAACACAAUUAUUGUUUAUUAUUUUUUUAUCCUUUUUUUCUUCUUUAAAUAUUAGAUACAUCCAUUAAUUCCAUUUUCAUUCUUUUGUUUAUUAUGUUGGUAUGAAAUUGUAUUAAUUUUAUAAUUUUUCAACCAAGAAUGGCAAUGACUAGUGUAAUAAAUGAAUCAGUUGAUGUAUUUAUUCCACAUGGUUUAACUAUAAUAAAUACAAAUAUUAAGUACACAUUACAUAGAUUUUAUACAAAUAUACAAUAAAAUAAUAAUAUUAAACAAAAAGAAAAUUAUUUUGCUUUCAGUGUCUCUUCUGGUGUAUAUCUUUCUUUUAAAGUUCUAUACUUCUUAAGCAUAUAUAAGGCUUCGAUUUCUUUAACGACAAACUCGCCGCGUUUUACUAAAGUUCUUAUUUGAUUUGGAUCAACAACAUCUUUGUUAUGUUGAAAUGCUUUUUUCAAUCUUUCCUUAAAGAAAUCAUAACCUUGAGGGUAGUCACGGCCCAUGUGUAAUAACUGAAAUAAAAAAUAAGAAAUAAUUAAAAAUCUGUCUUAUUUAAAAAAUGUUUAUAUUAACAAAAAAGUAGGCUCGUUGGGUGUUUGUAACUUUCAAUCAUUACUGCAAAUUAUCUGACGAUUGUUAAUACAAAAAAAUAAAA